CAGGAUUCUGGGUAUAAACAGCUUUGUGGAUGUUGCUUUUAUUUUUUGUUGCUUAUUUAGUGACAGUUUGUUAUAACCGUUUCUCAGGCUACAUCCUUAUUGGACGGUGCAAUUAGGCACAUUUUCGAAACUGUUGUACUUUGCUUGUAUUAUCACGCAUUCCUACGGAGUAUAAUGCAGUGUAAACUCUGCUCUCAGCUGGAAUAUCCCCAUCCUUACUGCAAAGUAUACAAGCCAGACUUAACAGAACCAUUUGUGUGUCCACAUUUAAAUAAGCAGUCAGUCAUAUCUGAUCCCAAGACAGGUGCCCGGAAAUCACCUUUCACAAAUCGAUGUACUGCAAAAUUUUCUGAUGUACGCACCAUGAAGGACUUAUUUGAAAAAGGGCUACAGAUUUCACGUUUUCGGCCUUGUUUGGGAAGACGCUACAGUUUUGGCGAAUCCUUCGCGUGGCUGCGAUAUUUAGAAGUUGAUGAUAAAAUACAGGCUUUCGGAUCAGCCCUGGUGAAAGUCGCUGGUCAUAUUCCGUGGGGUGACAAUUGUGUUGGUAUUUAUGGACGCAAUUCACCUGAGUGGUUUAUCACUCAACACGCUUGUGCGGCGUAUGGCUUUCCCACUGUUCCAAUUUAUGCAACUUUAGGCGAUGAAGCAAUGCAACAUAUUCUUAAACAAAGUGAGUAG